AUGCCCGGGCACGAACAGGAAAUCUCUUUCACAAGCCUCGGCCUAGUUGUCCUUGAUGAAAUCAGGUUCCCGGACCAGAAGCCCUUGACAAAUAUAUUAGGUGGCUCAGCAACGCUCGGUGCUCGAUUGUUUCUUCCCGGGUCACUUAGCUACUCUUUGAGCUGGAUGAUUCACGUUGGAGAUGACUUUCCGAAAUCUGUUGAAGACGAACUACGGGACUGGAAUUCGACGUUGAUUAUUCAGAAGGAAUCCGAUAGUCUCUCGACGAGGGGGUUGCUGGAAUAUAAAGACACCACUUUUGGACCGAAGGACUUCAGAUACACAACUCCGAUACUUGGAGUCCGAGAUGACAGCUUAGAGGGCACAAAGCUUCUUGCGUCCAAGGCAUACCACUAUUUGGCUUCACCCCAGGAGCUCCAAACACGUGUGUCAAAUCUUCUCACUUUGAGAAAGAAAGUUGAUAAUCUUGCACGCUCUCUGAUUAUCUGGGAGCCUGCACCCCUGUCCUUUAAGAAAAGUAUCGAGGAUCUGGCAGCGCGGGUCUUGGAGCGAGGGGUUGGUCCAGAUCAACAAGGUGUUGUGAUAGUCCGGGCUGGUGAGCAUGGGUGUUUCGUCAGUGCCCGAGAUAUUUCUCCCAGAUGGUUACCUCCGUACUAUGCGUCUGAGACCAGGAAUACGAAUAUUUCGGAGAUAGUCGACCCGACUGGAGCGGGAAAUACAUUUCUGGGGGCGUACGCGAUUGGAUAUCUCAAGACCGGCAAUGCCAUCGAGGCAGCUUGCUAUGGCUCAGUUGGGGCGUCCUUUGCCAUCGAACAAGUUGGAAUACCGGAGAAGGCAGAGAAAAACGGUGAAGAGAUGUGGAAUGAAGUUAGUGUUUCCUUGAGAUUGCGUGAAUAUAUGUCCAGGCUUCUUUAG